AUGAACUUUGUUGACGUACUGUACCACGGUCAGCGUUCGCCUAGUGAAUACAAGCUCAACGAGGCAACUGCUGACGCCAAAUUCGUGGCCGAACAACUCCACGAUUAUUUCAUCAGUUUUUGCGGCCGACGCCGUGCUCCUCUCGGCGGCCGCUGCCACAGCUGCGACAUAACCCACUCUGCUGAAUGGCGGCGUGGUCCUGACGGCGUCCACACUUUGUGUAACGCCUGUGGUCAGAAGUAUGCUAAGCUGGAGCGCAAGCGUAAUCUCCAAGGCGUUGGAAGAACGGAUAAUACUUAA